CCCAGAUCAGAAAAUACGACUUUUGGAUACGCUUAUCAAAUGCCUUCCGGAGGAUGGGCAGCCAAAGUGAGAAACGCUUUAUCACAGUUCUCGGAUAUUUUUAGUGAAUUUGAUAAAUACAUCGCUCCGGCCUACCAUCAUGAUCGAUGUGAAAGAUCCGUUCAAAUGAGACUUUAUACCAUGCAUAAGAGGGAGUUUGUCAUGGUUUUCAUUACUUUUUUCGCUUGCUUUGGACUAGGAAUUUUUGUAGGAAUCGCAGGUCCACCAAUUACUUCAACUAUUGAAGUGGAUGGAGUAUCCCUAUUACCAAAGAACGUCACAAGUGUGAGUACAAAUAGGAAAGACAUUGCCACUGGCCCGUUCAUAAUGAGAACCCCAAAAAUGUCCACCUAUUCUCAGCAGUUGUGGAUUAUAGCGAAACUAUCCACAGAAAAUACUGAUGGGGAAAUCAUAGAUAAAAUAUUUAAAAUAUCUGUAGGCAUAUCAGGGUUAACUGAAGACCACAAACCUGUCUCAAUACUAGACGUUAGGAGUAAUAAUAGGACGAGACAUUUGAAGUGCGAGAAACAAAGCUGUGAUGAAUUUAUAGUUUUGCACCUGGGAUAUUUGGAUUAUACACAUUAUAUAAUCACUGUCAAUUUUCAUGGUUUGGAGGCUUUUCACUCGAGAUAUAAUAUUGAUGAAUUGUUUUUCUAUUUCAAGACUUACAAUCCAGGGUUCACUCAAAUCGAAAUCUGGUUCAGAUUUAUCUUUUUAGUGUUCACGUUUAUCGUAACUUGCUGGUUUCAACAUACUCUUAGGAAAUAUCCUUCAUAUGACUGGUCAAUUGAACAAAAAUGGAUGUCCAUUUUGUUGCCGAUGUUGAUGGCAUAUGACAAUCCAGCAUUUCCUAUGUCAUUUUUGAUAAAUUCCUGGAUUCCUGGAAUGAUUGAUGCAUUUGCUCAAGCGACGUUUUUAUGCGCUUUACUACUCUUCUGGCUCUGCAUUUAUCAUGGCCUUAGACAGAAUGAAAGGCAUUUUCUAACGUUCUACUUACCUAAAGUAUUUGUUGUGGCCAUGCUGUGGUUUCCAGCAAUAAUUCUUUCGACUUGGGAGAGAAUAAAUGAAUUGCAAGAUCCCACUUAUAAUCACGCUGUAGAUACGUCUAAUUUUUAUAUUGUGAAAGCAUUUUUCUAUAUAUUUGGAGUUAUAUAUUUGAUAUAUCUAUCCGUUUUGAUAUUGAGGGCUUAUACUGAACUGAGAUCCAUGCCAUUUUUUGGUCUCAGACUAAAGUUCCUCACGCUUCUCAUGUUGGUUGUUCUGAUAAUAAGCUGUAUUAUAACUGUUUUGAGAUUUGGAGUUGGAGUACUGGAAGAUAACUUCGUAGCCCAACUUUCGACUCAUUAUAGCAACUCAUCUCAAUUCAUGUCUUUCUAUGGAUUGCUGAAUUUUUAUCUUUAUGCGAUGACAUACGUUUAUUCUCCAGGCAACAAAAAUAUACAUGAACUUGGGAUCACCAAAGAUAAUCCUGCCUUCUCAAUGAUAAACGACUCUGAUGAAGAUGUUAUCUACGGGUCUGAUGAAGAAAGUAGAAGACCGUUGAAUAGGGCUCGAAACGACGAUGAUAGUGACUGAGUAAUUUGUGUAUUAGAGCGCAAUUGAUAUCAAACGAAAGUACUCUUUCAGGAGCAGUUUACUAUUUAUCUACAGCUGUUCCAUUGAGUUCGAUUCAAUAGUUUGAAUCACACCAUUGUCUUUGCGUCAAUUCGGAGUCCUGCCGAAAGUAUUCAGAUGUUUGAUAGAUUGAAAUUGGUUUUUAACUAACUCAACCAAAAUUUUUAUUUCAAAUUAUUAUCAUAUAUAUUUACCUUUUACAAGUUAAAACCCUCAUUAUUGAACUCAUAAUACCAUUGUAUAUCAAUGCAAUCCAAUACUCGCAUUUACGGCAACUUUUUCAUUACACCUUGGCUUUCACUCGAGAAUAAAUAAGUAUUGAAGAAUGGAUGUUCAAUUACUUGAAACUCCUAUAAAUUUUUAUUAAUAAUAUUUUUUGGUUUCCGAAUUGACGGUUUUAUGCUGAUAGCAGAGACAUUAAGAAAAUGAAUACUUAUCAAAAUAUUUUAGUUUUGAAAUUGUUCUAUGAAAUGUACUUCUAACUGAAAACUUUCAUAAACGAAGGUUUUUUUCAAGGUUUACUGAAAGCUUGUAUCAAGUGUAUUUACAAUCGUUAUAUUAUAUGUAACAAUAGUUCCAUACUAUUUCAAUGUUUCGAAGCGUUCUUAUUUUCUUUUGGUGAUAAUCGUUAUAGAUGUUCAGGUGUUUUCUGAAAAAUAUACAUUUUGUUGAUUUUUGUACCGACAUUAUGUAAUAAAAUGUUUUCUAUGGUUA